AUGAAUCAAGGAAAUGACACCAGAGUGACUGAGUUCAUUCUACUGGGAUUUGCAGUUCAACAAGAACUGCAGUACAUCCUCUUUCUCAUAUUUCUGGUCAUCUACAUUAUAUCUCUAGUGGGAAAUGCUGGUAUGAUUCUGCUCAUCAAGUUUGAUGCCCACCUUCACACUCCCAUGUAUUUUUUCCUCCAAAACUUGGCUUUUGUUGACCUCUGCUAUACCUCUGCUAUCACUCCUAAGAUGUUACUAAACUUCCUGGUCUCAGAUAAAUCUAUCUCAUUCUCGGGGUGUCUGAUACAAUUAUAUGUUUAUGGCAUAUUUGCCACAAUUGAAUUAUACCUUCUGGCUGCCAUGGCUGUAGAUCGCUAUGUGGCCAUCUGCAACCCACUCCGAUAUCCAAUAAUCAUGUCCCAGAGGGUCUGCAUCCAGCUGGUCACUGGUUCCUAUGUUAUGGGUUCUCUGAAUGCCACCACACAAAUAAGCUUUCUCUUUUCACUGUCCUUCUGCAGUUCCAACAAAAUCAAUCACUUCUUUUGUGAUUUGCCCCCAAUCCUUGCCCUUUCUUGUUCCAGUAUUGAUAUCAAUGUGAUGUUAAUCAUUAUUUUUGUGGGCUUUAACCUGUCAAGCACACUGCUGGUUGUAUUCUUCUCCUACGUUUAUAUCUUGGCUGCCAUCUUGAGGAUGCCUUCUACUGCAGGGAGGCACAAAGCCUUCUCUACUUGUGCCUCCCACAUGACUGCUGUCACCAUUUUUUAUGGGACACUCUCUUACAUGUAUUUACAGCCUUCUUCCAGUGAGUCACAAGAGAAUGAUAAAGUGGCCUCUGUGUUUUAUGGUAUCAUAAUACCCAUGCUGAAUCCCUUGAUCUACAGUCUGAGAAACAAGGAGGUAAAAGAAGCCAUGAAAAUUCUCAUAAGAAGUUGGUCAUAA